CAAAUCUGAGAACCAUGAAAUUAGGUUAUAAAUAAUAUCCUCUCUCUUCAGCCUCCCAAAUUAUGUUCCCCAGGGCAGCCGUUUCACUCUCUGUAAACCUAAGGCUGGCCCUUCAACUCUAUUCAUAACUUUCUGUAUGCUGCCGUAGUUCUACAACAAUUUCACUCUCUCUUUUGUGAUUUGGUAACUUGGUGACACAUAUCCUGUUCCGGGUGGGACGAAUUAGCUCUUGAAGGAAGAAAUCGGACACUCUUGUUGUUGUGCUCAACCAUUCCACCGGAUGAGAAUAAAAAACUUUCUGUUGACGAACAGCCGCCUUCAUUUUUUUUUUUUAAAGGACAGGUUUCCAUUCAAACGUCACCUUUGCACCCAGACAAGAGAGAACAGCUCUCAGCUUAUUCUUCGCUUCCGGAGAGCUGCCACAAACAACCGCAGAGUCUGUGAUUGCCUUCGCCAUGGAGGUUUUCAGCUGGCUGCUGGUGCUAUCCAUCAUCCUCUACUAUUUCAGGAAGCGUGGCCGCCCCAAAGAUUUUCCUCCAGGACCACGACCUCUCCCGUUCAUUGUCAAUAUAUUUCUAUUGGCUUUUCAAAGGGGUUUUCUAAAUCCCUUAAAGCAGUUUCAAAAGUUAACUAAACAAUAUGGACCUGUCUUCAGUUUGUAUUCUGGGAGAAAACCUAUGGUUUUUAUUCAAGAUUGGAGACUCGCAAAAGAAGUUCUGUUGACUAAAGGAAUCGAAUUUGCUGAUAGGCAAACCAAUCCUAUUUUUGAAGUUAUCAAUAAGAAAAAAGGAAUAAUCAUGGCGCCCUAUGGCCAGGCCUGGAAGGAACAGCGGAGGUUUUCUCUGAUGGUUCUCCGGAAUUUUGGGCUCGGCAAGAAGUCGAUGGAGGAGAGAAUCCUGGCAGAAGCGACGUAUUUGAUUCAAGCAUUUACGGAAAACAUGAAGGCUCCUUUUGACCCCUUCUGUUUCACGGACCGUGCAGUGAUGAACAUAAUUUCUAGCAUUGUGUUUGGGAAACGUUUCGAAUACGAGGAUGCCACCCUCCGGAAUGUGCUGGACCUCCUCCAUCAGAACAUGAAACUUUUAUCAGGACCCUGGGCACUGCUUUACAAUGAAGUCCCACUGUUGAGACGGCUCCCUCUGCCCCACAAAACUUUAUUUGAAAAUGUCCAGAAGGUCUUUGCUUUCUACACAAAAGAGCUGGACAAACACAAGGCAACCUUUGUCCCGGGAGAGCACCGAGACUUUACUGAUGCAUAUCUAGACAAAUUGCAAAAGCCAGAAAAGAAAGGAUUGAGUUUUGACGAUGAGAACUUGCUCAUCGUUGUGUCUGAUCUAUUCUUGGCUGGGUCAGAAACGACCGCAAGAACUCUCCAGUGGGGAUUGCUCUACAUGAUGGCCUAUCCAGAGAUCCAAGAGAAAUGCCAGCAGGAAAUGGAUGCUGUUCUUGGCAACAAUGCAUGCUUGAAAUGUGAUGAUCGGGAAAGGUUGCCUUACACAAACGCCGUCAUUCAUGAAAUCCUGCGGUUUUCAAGUGUGGUGGCCCUGGGGCUAGCCCAUGCCCCAAUCAAAGACAUGAUGCUUUCUGGAUAUGUAAUUCCCAAGGGAACAGCAGUGGUGAUUAAUAUUCACGCUAUCCAUCAUGAUGAAUCCCUGUGGAAGUCCCCAAAUAAAUUCGACCCUUCUAACUUUCUGAAUGAAAAGGGAGAGUUUGUGAAGCCGGAAGCCUUUUUAGCUUUUUCAGCAGGCCCAAGGGUUUGCUUAGGGGAGAAUCUGGCUCGGAUGGAGUUGUUCCUGUUCUUCACCAGCAUGCUGAGAAACUUCCAGGUCUCCUGGCCGGAUGAGUCAAGCGCGCCGGACUGCACACCCCAGUUUCACGGCGUCCUGGCUCCAUUGCCCUUUAAGGUGUCACUGAAGCAGCGCCAGCAAAAAUGAAUUGAGCAGGACGCCCUUAUCAGGGGGAAGUGUUACCAAGCCCCCAUCCCACCAAUGCUGAUAAACACGGAUUAUAGAGAAAACUAUUGAUUUGACUGAUCUCGCUGACUAAGCAGGUGUCCCCUUCCUCCUUCACUGCAAAUAGGCCCACACCUUCCAUUUUAUAUACAAAUGUAAUUUUGUUUGUACUUUGGACACUGUGAGCAAAUAAAACAUUAUUACACGGGAGAGGCAAGGUUAAGGGAGAAGCAUUUACAUUUCAAGUGGCUACGCUCUGCUUUCUCCAAAGCUGAGGAACGUUUUCCCCACUGAACCCCAUAUUUUUAUUUUCGGCUCAGAGUUGUGCAAGACCCUUCCGCCAUCUGCUUCCAGAGUUUCUAUAAACAAACCACAGCCCAAAUCCCCCUGCCUGGGCUGUCUUUGCAAAAGGGGAACCUCCAGAAUACAGCCAAAGUACUGCUAAGAUGAAACAUCACCGCCCAAAAUAGCUUGCUCUGCAAUCCACUCUGUGGCAAGUAUUUCUGGACAUUCCUUUGCCGAGCAAAUUUAAAAGGAAAUAAAAUCCAAGACUUGCAUUUGAAAAGUAAUACGUAUUCUGCAAGGAGGGACUUCAGGAAAAUAACAUCCCAGAAGGAUAGUUUUCAAGCAUCUCAUUCAGAGAAACGCUGCUAUGGAUCAUGAAUGUAGGACUGUAGUCAUAGGCUAUCAUCCAUGAAUUAGUCUAGCCCCCUUUAAAGCCUCCCUUUAAGUGAACAGUCGUCACAAUGGUGCAUGCCACUAUGUAACAGUCCAGCUAUUUUAUGAGCUUAAUUUCUGAGGAAGUGGCUGGUUUUGUUAUGGGAAAAAGAAAGAAAAUGAAACCAAUGUGUAACAUUUUAAACACAUACAGAUAAUUGGUUUCUUUAGAAAAGGGCUUAGAAAGUGGAAAAUCACUGUUGUACAACUCAUUUUUGCCAUUCGGCAAUUGCACAAUCUACCACAUUAGGAUGAUAAACAAUGAAUGUGCCAUUUCUUUCGUUUGUAGGAUGUGGAGGGAGAAGGAAGGCGACAAAGCAUUGGUCUAUAAACCACACAAAGCAGCUUUCUCUGCAUAAAUGUAAAUGACAAAGGUUUGAUGAACAAAUACAAUAUUAACAAAAAGCUACAACAUA